AUGCCUUUUCGUAUUGUUAUUGUCGGUGGCGGUAUCGCUGGAUUCACUGCGGCGAUUGCUCUGCGCGGGCCGGAGAGAAUCAUCACAGUUCUGGAGCAGUCAAGAUUGAACAAAGAGAUUGGAGCACUGAUUUCUCUUCAGCCAAAUGCAUCACGGAUCGUUGAGAGAGUUUGGGGGCUGAAAAGCGAGUUGCAUGGCGAUGCCCGAGCGAUCGUAGACGAGGGUUUUCGAAUUUACAACACCGACGGCCGACUGGUGAACACGGUGCCCUUGUUAUCGAAAAAGGAGUAUGGAGGCGAUAGACUUUGUUUUCACAGGCGAGAUCUUCACGAUGCAUUGAAAAAAGCAGCAACGUCCCCCGAUCGUGAAGGAGACCCGGUUGUCGUUCGAACUGCUUCCAAAGUAGUUGACUGCGAUCCGUUGAAAGGAACAGUUACUCUGGAAAGUGGUGAAGUUAUUACCGGUGACUUAAUCGUUGGAGCAGAUGGAAUACAUAGCGAAAUGCGAAAGCAUGUCCUUGAUCCCCAGCCCUCAGCUCUACCAACUGGUCAUUCCGCAUAUCGUCUUAUGAUCCCCACUGAGGUAUUGGAAAAGGAGGCGCCUGAAUUUUGCUCCAAGAUCAACCCUCGUGAUCCUUUCACGUCCAUGAUGGUUGCUCAGAACUGCCGCCUUGUCAUGGGUCCAGGUAGACGAGGAGAGGUGUAUGGAGUUGUGGCUUUGGUCCCAGAUGAACAAAUGAAUGAGGACCCAAAUGCAAAGCAAUCUUGGGUUGCUGAAGGUGACCUGUCAAAGAUGCUUGCGACAUUCUCUGAGUACCCAUCGUGGGUAACAAGCAUUUUCAAGCAUUCUCAAGAUCUUGGACUGUGGCAGCUUCGUGACUUGGAUCCUCUCGAUAAAUGGCAUAAUGGCCAUUUGAUUCUGAUCGGUGAUGCUGCCCAUGCAAUGUUGCCCACUCAGGGGCAGGGAGCCAGUCAGGCGAUUGAGGACGCAGAGGCAUUGGGCUCGUUCUUUGAAAAUAUUACGAGUUCCCCUCCUCCCAAAGAAAUCUUCCAGGCACGUCAUUCACGAGUCAGUCUCAUUCAAGCAUACAGUCGACAGGCGGCCAAGCCUGCUACUGCCACUGACGACACGAAGAAAGUGACAAUGAAGCCUGAUGAGUUUAUGGAUUACAAUUUUUUCCGGUCUCGUAGAAUCCGAAUCUGUGCAAUCGCGUCAUGGCCGACAGCUCGGAGACACUUCGACGUUCAUCUCGCAACGUUGCGCACCAUCGGUGUCCUCACUGCGACAAGGCGUAUGAACGCCCUGACCAUCUUGCGCGACACUUGGAUUCUCGUGAGUACUCAACUCGAUAUUGGUGAGGUAGCUGCUGAAGUGGGUCGAGACCGCAACGAGCGUGUAUAUCAGUGUCCGACAUGUCAGCGGGGUUUCAAUCGACGAGAUGUUUUGCAUCGACAUCAGGCGGUCCACGAGCGAGAUCUUAACGAAGGCAAAAUUUCGCAACGGCGGCCGAAAGAGCGAGCUAUCCAGGCUUGUGAGCCUUGUGCAAACGCAAAGUUGAGUUGCGAUAAUGAGAGACCUUGCAAGCGGUGCCAAACAAAACAGAUUGAAUGCGUGGCGCGCGUACCCAGAGGCGCGCGUCGACACAGCGAGCGCAUUCCCUACCCAAUUUCCACUAGCAUGUCAUAUUCUCCACAGACCAGCGGACAGAGUCAACUGGAUUCAUCUACUCUCCUACCGUUCACCGCAACGCCAGAUUCCGGCCAUUCAGAUUUCAGCGUGCCACCCGCAUCUGUCUCUUACUCCGGUAGUGGUGAUAUUUAUGAUACGAGCAUGACAUCGCAGACAGAUCUACCACUCGAUACAUUUAUCCCGCAGAACGGAGUGCAUUCAUAUUCUAAUCUCAACAAUUUUCCGGCAUUUUUUGAACAGGUCAUGUUGCCCAGUAUUGGGGCGGAGGACUCUUUCCAAGAGACCCAGCAGCCGAGGGCGUUUGAUUUCAUGCAGGAUACCGACUUCACCCAGGCGGAAUAUGAUAUAUUUGGUACUGAUUUUAUCCCCGACUUGGACCGUAUUUUGGAUACCACGGUUCCUUUUGUUGGUUUUGAGGACUCGCAACAGCCUCUGCUCGAUGAUCAGGACUCUGCGCGUCUACGUGCAGCCGCGUUUCAACGGUCACUCUGGUUGUGGGUCCCAGAAAAAAACCAGCACGCGUUCAGCGAAGAAACAAGGAUACCCCUCCGAGACAGCGACAGUAUUCCUUCCAAGCACCAAGAUCGCUUGGAAACUCUCAAGAUCCCAGGGAAUCUAUCUCUUUUGGCACGCGAUGAAAUUUUCAAGUUGGUCAUUCGCAUUGGUGGAUCGCGAGUAUCUGUUGCGGCGUUUCCCUCGGCGGAUUAUCUCGAUACUCUGAUCAAAGUUGGGAUUGGAAAGCGUACCGAGACAGAUGCGUGGAUUCAUCCUUAUACAUUUUACGAUUCACAAUAUCAACAAUUGCGGUCUGAGCUUCUGACGGCGCUGGUCGCUGCAGGUUGUGUUUGCUGUGGAUUACCCUCGAUCAGCAAGACGGGAAUUAUUCUCCAAGAAAUUAGCAGGGUUGGUCUGGCUGAGCUUGUCGAAGAUGAUAACAGUGUCCUCCGAGAUCUACAAUACCUUCAGGCUUCGAUGUUAUGGAUCGAUAUUGGCAUCUUCUGUGGCUAUACUCGCAAAAUGCAAAUUGCAGAGAGUUACCUCCAGCCACUCUGCACGGCCCUUCGCCGAGCGUGUACAUUCGAUCGUUCGACUUAUUCCACCAUCACGCCAUUCUCCCUCGGUGACGACGAUGCAGCACUGCAACGCGCCUGGCAUAGUUGGGUGCGACAGGAAUCUCUCAAACGCCUCGUAUAUCACCUCUUCGGUCACGAUGUCGAGGUAGCAACAGCAAUGAACCGACCCGCCCUAACAUCCUACGCCGAACUCACUCUUCCAUUCCCCGCCGCACGAGAAUUAUGGCUCGCUCCAACUGCAUUCGCUUGGAGGGAAAUCUGGACUAGUCGGUACAGAAUAAUGACGGUUUCAGAACUAAAUCUGCGCGACCUCCUUUCAGACCCGUCCCUCAUCAGUCACAUUCCACCCGAACUCGAUUUCGACGUUGCCAGAACCGCUCUUCUACACGGCCUUGCUAUUCAAACCUGGGAGUUCCGUCAGCAGAUGCUACUCUCGCAAGGCUCUCAAUCUGCGUCAAAAGCAACAACGCGUCUCUGGCUACAAAGCCGACAGGAAGACUUAUAUACCACCCUCCACACAAUCCAAAACGACACUCCGAGCCCACCAGCUGUAACAACCCUCCUCAAUGAAUUCGUUAUGAUGUACCUCCAUAUCGACGUUGACGGCAUCCAACGAUUCGUCGGUAAAUUAGGCGAAACCGACGCGCGACGCGCCUACCCAGCCCUACGAGGCUGGAGCCAGACAAAAGAGGCCCGCGCCGCAAUCUGGCACGCGGGUCAAGUUCUACGUGCCGCGCGCAAUGUUAUCGCGUACCAGUUUCGUGGAUUCGACUCGCUUUCGAUCUAUCAUGCUGCACUUGUAUUGUGGGUUUACGGGGUGCUGCAGUGUGGCGAGAGCCGGCGGUUGGAAAUUGGGACGCCGGUUAGCGAGGGGGGUCAGCAGGUUGCGCCGGCGAUUGCGUUGGAUGGGGAUGGGGAUGGGAAUGGGGAGGAGAGUCAGUUGAUCAAGGGGUUUUUGGCGAGGGGGGUUGGUAGGCCUGGGCUUACGAUGUUUCAUCCACGAGGUGCGAAUGAUACUGAUGUUAAGGUCUUUUGCGAGUUGAGUAAACCGCGUUCGGUCAUGACAGUUGCAAGGCAGGUGUUUGAGGGUAAUUGUCCGCUGCCUCUUCCCGAUGAUAUUCUCCCACCGAUGAUUCAGAAUCUUUGUGCGCUUAUUGAGGAUUUGGGAAAUCUCCCCUAA